GGUCAUGUUUAACGGCUGGCUUCUAUUGUUGCUGUGGUUACCGCGGAAGAGUCUGAGCUGUGGGAGCUUGGCUGACUCAAAUAGGGAAGUGACGAGAUUAAAUCGGGAGUAAAGGCUGCAGCAGCCGGCUGUUAGGAAGAACGUACGACGGGUGUGAAUUGAUUGAAUAAUUACGCGUCUAAUGGCUGCCUUAGAAAUGGAUUUUCUCAGGGACGAAGUCCAAAGAUUAAGGACUGCACUGAAACAAUAUGAAGAGCAAAACACGGGAAGCCCUGUUCUACGGGAUGAGACUUCACACACCGCGAGUGAAAAAAGAAAUAUGGAUUUACUUAUGGGAGAAUUUGAUGCACAUACUGAAGAAAUGAGCAAACAACUCCACUUCUAUCAGGCACAAAUGGGUGAAAUGAGACUAAAACUUGAAAGCAUAGUGAAAGAAAAUGAAAGGCUGCACGAACAGCUGAAAGAAUCGUUGGAGCAGCAGCUGGAUUCUUCUCCUUCUGGCGCUGGUUUGGCCAGGGAGGUAUUCACCGAACACGAAGUGAUCAAAAACCUACAGGAACAACUGAAACUUGCAAAUCAAGAGAAGGAUCAUGCCUUGGAGCUCUGGCACACAGCCACACAAGAAAUGGAUCACCUUCAACAACUUUACCAGGCACAGCUGACCCAGACGCAGGUCCAGGCUGCUGAAAAACGACAGCAAAAGACCAAUCAGCAGAUUCUACUUACUGUUAAAGAACAAAGUUUGGAAAUUCAGCAGCUUUCUACUGAGCUCAGGCAAACAAAAGUGGAUUUAAGUGCCGCAAAUAUGAAAAUUGAUGAAAUGAACAAGCUUAUCGGGAACCUUCAAGAACAACUGCAGAGGAAGGAAGAAGAAAUUCUCGCUACUCAAAACAAGGAGGAAGCCUCAGACAAACGUGCACGUGAGCUCCAGUCUUCUUUGACGCAGUUAGAAACCAGGUUAAAGUUAACCACUCAAAAUGAGGAGCAACUCAAGCGAGAACGAGCAGAGCUAGAGAAACACGUGGCUGAGCUACAGACAAAGUACUCGGAGAUUGAAGAGCAGAAAUACGAGGCCGUUGGCAGACUCCGGGAGACCACAAGGGUGUUAGAAGAGGUUGCCUUGCAGAAGGACCAGGCACUGCUCAGAGAAAAGCAAAAGGAAGAAGGGAUUGAAAACAUCAAACAAGCGAUGGCACAGAUAAUUCAAGAUGCUGCUAUAAAAACCAGACGAGAGGUAGAGAAGGCGAGAAAACAUUCUAAUGUACAGAUUUCCCGUUUGACUGAAGACAUUACAGCACUACAAAUGGAAUGUGGAGAAAAACAAAGCCAAAUUGAGCGUGCUUUAAGAGAGAAGCGUGCCAUAGAGGAAGAACUUGAAAAGCUGUAUCGAGAAAGCCAGAUGAGUGAAAAAGAUCAUAGAAAAGUUGAAGAACUACAUCAGCGCUGUCUGAUUGCAGAGCGUGCCAAAGAUGACCUCCAGAUAAGCCUGCACACGACACAAAACAAAUUGAAACGACUGGAACUGAACUCUACUGAGGAGUUGUCUCGUAGUCAAGAGACUAUACAAAAGCUGAACAAAAUUUUAGAAACAGAAAGAGUAAACUAUAGUUCUCUAAGUGAAGAUAGACUGAAACUUCUGCAGGAGAAUGAGCAGUUAAUGAAAGAAGUUGAGGAGUGGAAAAAAUCGUCGAUGGACGCACAACAAAAGAUUACAUUCCAGGUACAAACGUUGGCCUAUGAAUUUUCUGCAAAGGAACAAGGUUUUGAAGUCCAUCUAAAAGAGGUGGAAGAGAGGAACCAGAAAAGUGUCAAUGACCUAAUGAAGCUACUGGAGACUCAGCAAAAAACAACCAACAGAUGGAAAGCAGAGGCCCAAAAACUAGCAGAAAACACUGAAAAGAGGAUUCUAAACCUUCGGAGUCAGCUAAAUCACCAAAAGAAGUGCAAUGGAGAAUUACUGUCCCAGAUAGAAAGCGCACAUGAAAAAAACCUUGAGCUCCAAAAAUUGUUAACGGAAUAUCAGGAGAAAUCCAACAGGCUUCAGAGUCGUCUUAAAGAAACAGAGCAGAUAGCACUAUCGGCAACUAAACAGUUCAAACUUCUUGCAUCACAAAAGAGAAAAUCACCCUUCAGCUCUGAUCCAUAACAAAGGCCCGAUAUGCACCUGGCAACUAAGAGAUAAUAUUUGUAAUUCAUAAUUAUUAUUUUUUUACUUGUCAUUUUAGAUAGAAAUAACCAUUUGUUGAAAAAUGAAUUUUGAAACAAAUAUUAAAAUUAAGUUAUUAAACCACAAUCAAAAUUAGUAUUUUUAUAGGAGCUGCAUUCAUUUGUUUCCUGUAUUGUUUUUAUUAUAUUUUUUAUCACCUUAUUAAUAGAUAAUGUUUACUUCUUGUGCACGGCUAAUCUUGUGCCUGCAGCACAUUAACAAAAAUAUUAUUUCUUGGUUCUUUCAAACCAAUAUUCAUCCAUGUACAUACUAAACAUUUGAAAACCACUGUUUAUAUUAUGCAUAAUUUAUUCUUUGUAGCCCAUGGUCUGAGUAAUAGCCUGUGAAAUAAAGCAUUCAGGCAGA